AGAAUUGGUACUAGCUGUUAAAUUCUUUUUAAAACUAAACGGAUUGAAUGAACCUGCAAAUGGCGGGAUGGGAAGUUAUACAGUUUUCUUGCUGGUUAUUUCUUUUCUGCAGCAUCAUAGGUUACUACGAACUAAGCAAAUUAAUGCUUGUCAAAAUCUCGGAGUAUUGUUGAUCGAGUUCUUUGAUCUGUAUGGCAACAAAUUCAACUAUCAAGAUUUAGCGGUAUGUGUAAAGUCGAAUGGUAAUUACCUCUACAAGGCAGAAACUUUAAUUUCAACAAAAAGGCCAGAUACGCUCGUCAUAAUAGAUCCGUGCAACCAUACAAAUAACGUUGCGAGUGCCACGUUCAAUUGGAAAAUUAUUCGCUAUGAAUUUGCCGCAGCUGCAAAAAAGCUUAUCAAGGCUGUCUCUCAAGUACACGAUAAAUAUUUUCAAAGUGAUCGCAAAAGUUCUAAUGAACCGAUUAAAUUUUCUAUACUAGGCAGCAUUUUUAAUAUGAGUAGAGAGUGGCAAAGAGAAAGGAAUCACAUUAUAAAGAUUUACAAUGAUAUUAAAGCCGGUCGGACCAACUCGUUUUCUUCCUUGGAAAAUGAUUUGGACUAUGUGUUUUCUGAUGAGCAUUUGCGCAUAAAAUUAGCCAAUAUAGAGAGUGUAUAUGAAGGAUAUAUUCAGGCUGCCGUUGCUCAAAAGAAGGGACGCAAACAGUAUCAAAAUUAUCGACUGCCUCUGUGUCUCGUGGAAAACGUAACAUACCAUAAUUAUGAGAAGAAAAUCGAAAUUGCGAAUGCAGGUAGAUUUUGGGAGUUUGAUAAUGGUGUUGUAAUCAUAUAUGAGUUGCCGAAUAAGGAUCAUGAGGUUGUGCACAGUGAAUUCGCAUUUCAAUUUAUGUCUGCCUUUGCCAAUCUACAAUAUCAAGACCGAGUUACUAAUAUCGGAGCAGGAACAUGUUUUGGUUUGGGGCAUCGAUCUGCAAGACAAUCAGAUGUCGCAUUUGUACCAAAUCGCCUACCUAUCUUCUCACCCUAUCUGAGUACUAUCACAUCCUCUGACCGGUUUGGGGCCAACCAGAAUGAAUUAACCUUCUUGAGUAUAUGUGGAAGGCUUUGGGAUCGGGCAAUCUCACAGACAACGGUUGGCCAAGUUCAAACGCUUGAAUUUGGGACCCUUGAUAGAUAUAGAAUGCCGUAUGAUGGUUGCUUAAUUCUGGAAUGCGCAUAUAGUGGCAGGAAUCAUG